ACAGCACUGAACGGUGCAUCGGUGCAUAGUGCUAUCGUGUCUUUGUGUGAGUGGCUCGCUGCAUCCACACCGUAUGCUAUCUUCUGCUGACCGCAGAUGCUGUCUUAUUUCUUCCAACAUAUGGACUUGAAGUGAGCAUAAUAUUCUUCAAAGGAAAAGGUAUCGGGUUAUCAGAAGAGGAUUGAAAUUAGCAUCAUGGACCGUCAAACGUUGGAGCGCAUCUUGUGGACGAGUGUCAUUUUUCUCAUCGCUCUCCUCCAUCUGGUCUCCAUGACAACCGGUCACACUGCGCAGGGGAAGAAUAUCAAUCCACACGACCCUACAGACCAAUCUAACAAAUUCAGAGACCCUGAAUUCGUCAGAAAUAAAGAGCACGUCAAAGAACAUUUAGAAGGACAAGUCGAUACAGAUGAAAAGGAAAUGACAGACGAAGAACUCGAGUUCCAUUAUUUUAAACUACAUGAUUUCGAUAAUAACACCAAACUAGACGGUCUUGAGAUUAUGGCAGCUAUAAGUCACGUGGUGCCUUUUGAACCUCCUGAAAAAGACAUGUCGGUGAAUCAAAUCGCAGAUGCAAGGGUCAAGUAUUUUUCAGGUAUCAUCGAUCAAGUAAUGCUGGAUGAUGACUAUAACAAAGAUGGAUAUCUUACCUAUUUAGAAUAUGUCUUGUCAAGACGAAGGCAUCAAGACGAACCAUGAAGAUAUUUCAUUUCUUUUUUUCUUUGUUCAAAUUUGUGUUCAUGUUAUGUUUCAUUCUGUUUCGUUUACUUGUAUUAACUAUAACAAAGGCCUAUUGUUAGCGGUUUUUAAUUUUGAUUUUUUGAUUU